GAUAAGGAGAAGAAGAAGAAGGAGAGUAUUCUGGACCUCUCCAAAUACAUCGACAAAACAAUCCGAGUGAAGUUCCAGGGUGGCAGAGAAGCAAGUGGUGUCUUGAAAGGAUUUGACCCUCUUCUGAACCUCGUGCUUGAUGGUACCAUUGAAUAUAUGCGAGAUCCAGAUGAUCAAUACAAAUUAACAGAAGACACACGUCAGCUGGGACUUGUGGUCUGCAGAGGGACUUCUGUGGUUCUUAUUUGUCCGCAGGAUGGGAUGGAAGCUAUUCCCAACCCUUUCAUUCAGCAGCAAGAUGGCUAAUGUUUUCCUUGGACUGUCUCUGAAGACUUCAAGGGUGCAAAUCAUCAGAGAAAACUAUCAGUGUGUGAGAAGCUUCCUGUUUUGGGGGAGGAGUUUGAAUGUGUAUUAGUGUGAAAGAACAGUCAACUUUUAUUUCUGUGACUUUCCGUAAAUGAUGAGAGGAUGGGGCUUGGUGUGUAAGAAGUAAGUUAAGUAAGUUCUAUUUUUUUUUUUCCCCACCAAAUAAAUGUGUAACUACAUUGUUAAGAGCUGACAGGAGAGAAUAUAUUGUCAUGGAAUUGUCUGAGACCCUCUUGAUCUUGUGAGUUUUGAAGCAACCACAUAAAAAUAGUAAAGAAUGCCCCGAAUACUGGUUAUAUUAGUUACAUUUUUAAAUACAUUAAAAAUGUAUUUAAUGUCAAUUAAUCUAAUGCCUAAAUACACUAGAACAUGUUUUUCUUCCUCUUAGAUGUCAGUACUCAGCUGGGACACACUGUGUUGUUGUCUUCCUGCUG